AUGUACGUCGAUCUUCGUGUACCGCCGAUCGAGAAGAGACACAGUGAACCCUUCACUGACAGUUUGUCGAUUCCGCAAAUAUCGACAUGUCUCUCGGCGCCAGAUCUGAGUCUCCCGCAGCAGAGACUGUUCCAGGAAUUCUGUUUUCCGGGAGGUCCGGCACACCAGACACCACCGGUGCCGCCACGGAGUUCGGCGUCACGCUCGAGUCCGUCCCCUCGGUCCGGAGCCUCGUCGACUUCGGUCAGUCCGAAGCGCAGCCCAUCCGGCGACUGCGAGCGCAAAUACCCCACCGUCGUUGUGGACGUGAGGCGCUCAUCUUCAGCCAAACGCAAAGGAGACGAGCCCGAUGGCUGGCUGGAGUUCUACCAUAGAAGGGUGCCUUCGGCGUCUCGGAGAGGCUCCGUGGCUCAAUUAUUAUCUGCGGGAGGGCCCCGCUGUCGCUCGUUCUCAAUCACGCCAAAAGGGAGCGUUGUGAAUUUAGGAGAUAUCCAAAUCGUGGACUCUUCUCGUCGACGGAGCACAGGGUCCUGUAACGAUAGCUCCGAUAUUCAGCUCCUCACGCAGAGAGUUCGUUUGGUGGGAUCAGCCGGCGUGGGAAAGUCGUGUCUCAUCGAGCAGUUCAAGGACGGCUUUGCGAACAGCGUCAAUGAGUUUGGAUAUCUAGAAAUAGUGACGAGCCCGCCGCCUUCCGUACAGUGCAGCGUCGAGACUCAGAGCACGCGACUCGUUCUAGACGGGGAAGAAUUCGAAGUGGACUUCGAUGAGCUCCUGCCGACUGAGGUAUCGAAGCUUCGCAUCAGUCAGAGUGACGCAAUCGUGAUCGUUUAUUCGAUAACCGACUCCGACAGCCUACAAGCAGCUGAAGACACAUUGAAAUACCUGAGAAUGAUGUUCGGUUAUGGGAAGGUGAAGCGGAAAUCAGCGGCGGCGAUCAAACACGCCUUGCAUCCAAGACCCAUGAUCCUGGCGGGGAAUAAAGCUGAUCUUGCUCGGAAGCGCACCGUGUCAACGGAAGCCGGACGAUCGCUGGCGAAGCGAUUCGAUUGUCGCUUCUUGGAAACAUCAGCCUGCAUCGGUCAUAAUGUGGACGAGCUUUUAGUGGAGAUUCUCAAAGAGAUCAGAGUGAAGCAUCGAUCUAGCUCGCUGCCUGGCUGGUCUCUCAAUUUGCCUUCUGUGUUCGUGGCGUGCGCCGACACAACGCCGCUUAAUGUCGCUGCGAGCACGCCGAAGCCCGCGAAUGCUGCCGCCGCCGCCGCCGAUAUGGGAACGACUCUCGAGGCAAGCGCAUCGAGAAUAGCGGCGCCCAUGCAAUCGCAAUCUAGCGGCCGCACGUUCUGCUUCAAAGCUCGAGGACUGCUCCAGAGAUUCUGGACCAGAUGUGAUUCUGGCAGGACGCGAUCAUGCGAAGACCUCGAUGUCCUGUGA